AUGCCGGCGCGGCUGAAGGGCACCGUAUGGAAGGUCAUUACUAUUGCCGCAGUAGCAGUUCUCUAUGCAAUGCAAACGGCGGCGGCGGCGGCGGCGGCGACAAGUGUUGCAGGGGAAGUUGAUGAGGAAGAGGCUAUAGAUGAAAUUCAGUGGGUGUAUUUGAUUCUUGCGGACUCCAUUCUUCUCCUGUUUGCAGCUCUUUUUGCUGGUUUAACGCUCGCCAUUAUGGGCCUCGAUACAGUUUCUCUAGAGAUUAUUGCAGAUAGCGGUUCCGAGCCGGACAAGACGUACGCUAGUAGGAUUUUACCCAUACGUCGACUUGGUAAUCAGUUGCUGUGCACGUUGAUUCUAGGUAAUGUGAUGGUGAACACACUGAUUGCACAGAUCACGGAUUCGCACAUUCAUGGAUGGGUAGCAACCAUUGUGUCAACAGCUCUGACGACAGUGGGUGGGGAAGUCAUUCCACAGGCUUUGAUGUCGGCCCACGCGUUGCAAGUGGGGGCCAAAAGUGUUUCUCUUGUAAAGUUCUUUGUAUUACUCUUCUAUCCUAUAUGCAAGCCGCUUAGUAUGGUGCUUGACCAUUUUAUUGGAACUGAUCCUGGACAGAUAUACGAGCGCAAUGAACUCAAAAAGCUAAUGUUCAUGCAUGCCGACCAUGCUUCAGAAUCGGGUUUGGGUGAGAGAGAGGUGGAUCUCAUGGUGGGGGCCAUGGAGCUUCAUGAGAAGACGGUGAUGGAUGUGGUGACGCCCAUUUCGGAGGUCCUCAUGCUUGAGGCCAGUGAACCAGUAAAUGAAGAAAUGAUUCAACUCAUCUCUGAACGGGGUCACAGUCGCAUUCCCGUGUAUCAGCGGAGAAAAAAUAAUAUUAUUGGCGUCCUUUUUGCGAAGGAUCUUUUAAUGGUUGAUCCACGAGAGAAUACACCUGUGAUAUUACUGAUGAAAUUCUACAAUCGACGUUGUCACAUUGUUCCCUCGGAAACAAAGCUUAUCUCUAUGCUUAAAUACUUUCAGACAGGAAGGUCACAUAUUGCCUUGGUGCAGGAAGUUCAGCAGCGACCGUAUGGGGAUCCAUACUAUGAGGUGAAGGGGCUUGUCACCAUGGAGGAUGUGAUCGAGGAACUUAUUCACAGUGAAAUUUUCGAUGAGUAUGACGUGGAUCCGCAGCCGGCGCCUCUUGGAUCUCAGCUUUCCACCAAAGUGCAAGUAGGAUUAACCUCGAAGUGGUCACUUCGAGUAAACCCAAGCGUAAAUCAAUUGAAGGCAUCUGCAUUGUUUCUAUACGAGUCAAUUCCCCUUCUUCAACAUCACCCGCGGGAUGCAAUUUCAUCGCUGAUGCAGGCCCUCAGUAUCCACGGAACCUUUUAUAAGGUUCGUCCCCCAGCAGAUGCACGCGGACUUGAAGAGGAAAAUAAAGCAAAUGUUUGGCUCUAUCGCAAUGGGGUGCCUUCCAACACCUUUACGCUGCUCAUCACUGGCAAAGUGGAGGUGUUUGCCGGAAAGGAGGGGAUAAAGCUCGAGCUCGAGAGCUGGUCUCUCGUCGCUGUGGAGGCUCUUAGCGCGGAACUGUACGUUCCAACUUUUAGCUGCCGGGUUGUGAAGGACAGCACUGUCAUGCAGAUCACCUACGCGGCCUUCCAAAACAUAUUAUCCAUGUUGAGUGCUUGGGAAAUACAAAGCGGUACAAGCUCCAGAAGCUAG